AUGCCGCCGCAGAGCCUUCGAAUCGAUACGGCGCGCGUCACGUGCCGCCAAGCGCGACCAAUAGCCGCGCGAGGGCGCUGCGGGGCGCGGGGAAGGCCGCGGGGGACGCGCCGCUCCCUCGCCAGUGCACGAGGAGUAACCGCGCGCGACGGACGUCAGUUCCGCUUAUCUCUCGUGUAGUCAAACACGAGUUUCUCCGAAAACCGGUCCGAUGCGAUGUCGUUAUAGUGUAGUGUCGCCGCGAUGAGCGCGUGGACGGAGGAAAUGCUGUCCUGGCGAGACGAGCGGCUCGGCCUAACGGAGCUGCCGAGCACGACGAGGAGAAAACAUAGGAGCGCGCCGUACAGACUGCAUCGGCCGCACUUGCCCGUGCCUUACGUGCCGGAGCCCGUUCCUGAACCGCAGGGGACGCACAUUUCGAGGUUAUACCCGGAGCUCCUAGCGCUUAUAUUCGAGAGGCUUCCUGUGCGGGACCGAGGCCGCGCCGCUCAGGUGUGUCGCGCGUGGAGGGACGCGGCUGACCGCCGGUCCGUGUGGCGCGGCGUCGAGGCCGCUCUACACCUUCGCAGACCUGCCCCUGUACUCUUCGCUUCCCUAGCCCGAAGAGGAGUCCGUAAACUACAAGUCCUGUCUCUUAGAAGAGGGCUGAGAGACGCCGUCGCGUCACUUCCAGGCCUAGAAUCCCUUUCCUUAAGCGGUUGCUAUAGUGUCACAGACGCCGCUUUAGCUAGCGCCUUCGCAGCGGAACUUCCAGCUUUAAGAAGAUUAGACUUAUCCCUAUGUAAACAAGUAACAGACUCUUCCCUCGGGAGGAUAGCACAAUCGCUAAAAAAUUUGGAGGAGCUAGAACUAGGCGGAUGUUCGAAUGUUACGGAUACGGGCCUGCUUUUAAUAGCGUGGGGAUUAAGAAAGCUGCGGCGUUUGAACCUCAGAUCCUGUUGGCACGUGAACGACGCGGGCAUAGCGCACCUGUGCGGCGGAGGAGAAGCGAGAGGCACGCCGGAGCUGGAGCAUUUAGGACUACAAGACUGCCAGAGGCUGACCGACGAAGCUCUGAAACACACGGCCACCGGGCUUCCAAAACUACAAUCGAUCAAUCUCUCCUUCUGCGUCGCUGUCACCGAUGCGGGACUCAGGCAUUUAGCGAGGCUUCCACUGUUAGAAGACGUGAAUUUAAGGGCAUGUGAUGGUGUUUCCGAUGUCGGUGUAGCGUAUUUGGCCGAGAGUGGACGCUUGACCGCACUGGAUGUGUCGUUUUGUGAUAAAGUCGGUGACGAGGCGCUGUCCCACGCGACGCUGGGGUUGUCGGGGCUGCGCUCGUUAUCGCUCAGCGCCUGUCGGCUGACGGACGAGGGCCUCGAGCGGGUCGCGAGGCUAUCGCAGCUUGAGACGCUGAAUAUAGGCCAAUGCACUCGAGUGACGGACCGGGGGCUGCACGCGCUGAGCGACGGCCUGCGCAACCUGAAGGCGAUAGAUCUCUACGGCUGUACGUGCAUCACGCCACAAGGCUUGAAAGACAUCAUGAAGUUGCCUCGGCUUAGUGUACUUAACCUCGGUCUCUGGCAUGUGCGGUGACCACACACACACAGUGUCUGAACGUUUGUUAGUGUGAGUGCGGCGCCAUGUUGAAGUGAAGGAGCCGCCAAGGUUAUGCGCCGGACAGUGAAUGAAAUUAACCAACUUUAAGUUUAACGAAUUAUUUAGGAAGUGGGGCAGUUUUCGUUAUUGUUGACAUUGUUUGUUUUGGUACAGGAAGACGCCCCAACGCCUAGUCGACUCGGACCUUUUUGAACGUAAUGUUUCGUAUUUACUAUGUAAAUUUAGUCCGCUUAUGCAAUAUAGUUUCGGAAUCCAGUUUUUGUUGACUUUCUCUUUAAAAAGGUCUGAUUCUUAAUGUAAGUAAUUGCUCCAUUAGCUAGAUAGAUAUUUAGGCAUUCUUCAAAUUAAUUGUUUCGGGUCGAUCUCACGAGUAGUGAUUGUUGCAUUUUGUCACUUUGCGGUUUUGGGGGUCGUCAGCGUAUGACUCACUCAUUGACGUUAUUUCUUACUUGUUGUUAUACUUAGUUGAUUUGUUUGGCCUUGAACAAGCUUGGAACCUAAUUAUGUACAAGUUAUUUAGUUGAGAACAAAGUAAGCUAGUUGUUUUCAAGGAAAACUUGAAAUCAUUAGGGAUUCUACCGAUUACUAAUUCAAUAUAACAAUCGGGUUUCUUGCAAUUACUAUUUACCUUGCAAUUAUGUUAUUAUCAAGCUAUUACUUAUCUUUAAAAUAUCUUUACAACACAAACUUAUUAUUUUAUCUUCCUUUGUGCACCCGGCAUAUCAAAAUGUACUAAAGAAUCUACUAUGUAGUACAUUGAAUUAAUGUCAUCCUACAUUUUUAAAUUAACAAUUACAAAGUAAUUUACACUCUCAGUCAUAAGUUAUGAAACAUAGAUUUCUUCUUGAUAAUUUUACAAAAGUUGCACACGUAUAAGUAAUUCUUUACAUUUGGCGCCCAUUUCUAAUGUCGCAAGCCGUAAGUUAUUUUCGUUUUUACAGCUACUUUGCGCGGUUACCAUGGCAACACGACUUGUAGCUUUUACGACGACGUAGGGACCGGAUUAUUUGGGUAUUCUUCAUAGAACUGUCAAUUUUUGUUAAGGAUUUUACAGUUCUGUGGAGCAAAUAGAAAAUGCCCCAUAGUUCAAUUUGUUGCAAAUUAAGCAGGUAACUACAAAAAAGCUUCACGUGUAUUUAAAAAUCACUACAUACGUAGACUAGUAUCUUAUAAUGUUUACUUUUGUUCAUAAAUAGGUACCUAUGUCUUCUAAAAAAUGUUUUCGUGUGUGGUCAUUUGCUUAAUAGUAUAAUAUUAACUAAUGAUACUAUUAAAGCAAACUUUCCCUAUGUUACUUAAGUACCUACCUUAUAUGACCCAUGGAAGUAAUUUCGAAACUAUUAACAGUGUUAGGUAGUUAACACCAAAAGUAUAUAUUGAAUACAAAAUCUAUAUACACCACAUACUUGAAAUUCAUAUACAUAUAGGUACAUAGGCAUUAAAGGAAUACAAUUUCAUAAGUGUAUUUUUGUUUUAGGUGAUAAUACCAGUUUUUGUAUGAUUUUGUAAAUUUAACAACUUAAUUUUUAGAUUUAACAUGUUUCAUUGACGCGUAGGUAUUCACAAUCACAAUUAUUUAGCUUUAAUAAAUUGAACGACAAUAGGAAUCUUUGUUUUAUAUAUACUUACAUGCCUGUUUGCGAUAGUCUGGCAAGAGUCGUUUGUCAGUGAAGCAUAAACAGAGAGCUUAAGCUUAUGCUAGUAGGUACUAUAAUCCUCAAAAGAGGGAGGAGUAUAAUUAUUGAAUCUACUGUAAACAUAUUUGCCAGACUAUAUUUUUAUAUAAUUGUAUGUUUCUGAGCGUUUCUUAUAAAAGUAUAAUACUUUAACAAAUCACUUUAUCCCUGAGUUAACUUUAUAGCAGAACCUUCAAUAUAUUUACUUAAUACUUAUACAGCUUUUGGAAACACUAAAAGUAAGUCUUAAAGAGAGAAGAACUGACUGUCCAGAUCCUUCAGCUAAAAAUUAUUACUGUUUUAAGAAUCGCUCAUUUAUUAAUUUGUUCUGUUUGCUUAUCACACGGUACAGAUAAUGUAUGACAAGUAGCAUAAUUACAUUUUACUGACAAUAUAUAUAAAAUAUACCUUGCUACAAAGAUAUAAGAUCCACCUCUGGUCAGCUAGUGUAAAUACUUUGAAUAGGUAUACAAGAUCAUUAUUUGCGAUGUUUUUUUUCUAUCAAUCAUCCAUUCAUAAGGCAAUUACCUAGGCAAGAAAACUAUUCUGCACUGAUACGGAAAAACAGCGUAUAGGAAAAAUGUAAUAAGGUAAAGUCAGACCAAGAUAAGUUGGCAACGGUUUUGACAGCCCAGACAGUGGAAAUGUUAUUUUAAACGUUAAACUUCUAUGAAAUGAUGACGUUUACUUAACACUUGCACAGGCUGCGUUAUCAAAAUCAUUGCCAACUUAACUUGGUCUGACUCUACGUUAUUUUGCCUUAAUGGGGUAAUGAUCAUCAAGCCGCCCAGAGGCUUAUAAAAUCAAAAGGUCUCCUCAAUGCCGGAUUUAGAGGUCUGGAGGCCUCGGGCAAUAAAGGAGUGGAGGCCCCCUGACCCCAAAUUUUUUCCAAAUGAAAUGGUAAAUUUUCCGAAUUCUCUAUUGUGGGGGCCCCUCUUUUGUGGAGGCCCCGGGGCAGUAGCCCCGGUUGCCCUCCCCUAAAUCCGGCCCUGGGUCUCCUGUUCCAUUGAAAUUUAAAUCUUUAAUUUAAAAAAACAAAAUUACAUUUGUGUUAGCAAGUUUUGUUCCGUGGUUGGCUACAGAGGUUGAUAGUUUUCUAAUUUCUUUAUGAUAUUGGUCAAGUCAGGUAUUUUGAAAGAUAUGCCAAUUUGUGUUCGUAUUUCAUAAUCUGUACCGUGUUUUGUUUCCCAUUGUUGUUUAUCGAUGAUGUGAUAAAUGAUCAAAUGGACCCCCAAAACCAUUUUUAUACGUAAUUUUUAUACAUGAUAUUAGUUAAUACUUUGAUAUUAGUUGUUUGUUUUGUACAUGUGAUUUUGUACGAGUAUUGUACUGUUCGUGAGAUCGACUCGUGAUGGGCAUACGUUGUAUACUUCAUCGUACUGUUGUACAAACGAAUGUAACAUAGAAAAUGUAUUAAAAGUCAUCGUUUAAGUUACAAAUUGAA